UAUUUAUAUUGCCAAGAAUGUUUGAUAUCAAACCGAUGCACAUGAGUUUGUCUCAUUUAUCAGUGAAGUUUAGAUUUGAAUAGCCAAAGCAAUAUUACUUUUAGGUGUUUUUUGUUGAUUAAUCUUGGUAACGUUAAUAUAACCGAACGUAAUUAAUGCAUGUUUGUUGAUGAAAAGGAACUUACCAUCAGGCAAGUUUUCCAAAACUUUUCAAUGUUUAAGUGUCACACUAACAAACGUGUAGUAAGGCCUACUUUGUCUGGUGUUGUUGAACUAACAUGUCAUGUUGAUUUCUGCAGUGCAAAGUAUGAGACUUUGACAGCUUUUUACUCUCAUUUGAAAACACACAUUAGAGAGGGGAAAACAGUUGCUUGUCCUUAUAAACACUGUAGCAAGAGCUUCACUGUUUUAUCAAUAUUUAUAUCACUCAUGAGUCGGAAAGAUAAAAAUGGGGCUGAGGAAAAUUUGGUUGAGUCUGUUGUGAAUCCUGGUGUUUCCCAUGAGAGUGAACAAGAUCAGUCUGAUAUGCAGAUCGAUCCUCCCAGUGAUGCAGGUGAUGAACAAGAGAUUUACCCAGAAAUUGCUGAUGAAUCACAGUUCUUUAAAAAUUUAGCCCUAUUUUAUUUGAAAUUGCAAGCAAAGUGUUUGCUUCCAUCCUCUGUCAUCCAGACAAUUAUUGAAGAUUUUCAGGAAAUACAUGACAUAAGCCAGUUACAUUUGCUUUUCAAACUAAAAGAGAAGUUGAUUACACUUGGGAUUUCAGAAACUGACACAAACAAUGUGAGUGAAGUCAUGAAAACUGAGGAUCUCUUUAGGACCUGCAACACUCAGCCACUGAAAACUAAUCAGAAAAGAAAAACUGUUUUCAAGAACAGCUUCAACUAUGUUGAGCCAGUUCAGAUCUGUCUAGGUCAGAAUGAGGCAGGCAAGGAGUGUUUUGUCCAGUAUGUUCCUAUUAAACAGACAAUUAAUUCUCUAUUUCAUUGCCAAUCAGUGCAGGAACAAUAUAAGCAAGUACACUCCAGUAUUGGUCCUAAGGAUAUUCUUAAGGAUGUGUGGGAUGGCAAAAAUAUGGCUGAGAAUGUGCUCUACCAGACUGAGAGCUCAUCACUGAGCUUGAUCCUGUAUCAGGAUGCAUUUGAAGUGGUAAACCCACUGGGAUCUGGAAAGAAAAAACAUAAGAUACUUGCAGUGUAUCUAACUCUUGCAGAUUUAAUGCCACACAACAGAUCCACCGAUCAAACGCAACUCGUUCUUCUCUGUAAAGGACAUGAUUUUAAGUAUUUUGGUCAAGACUUGAUUAUGGGCACCCUUGUCAAUGACCUUAAAGAUCUUGAGCUCAAUGGUGUUACCCUGUCUGACGGAAAGGUCUACAAGGGAACUUUGUGUGCCAUAGCAGGUGACAACCUGGGCUCAUAUAACAUAGGAGGCUUUGUGGAGAACUUCAGCAGGAGUUCACACUUCUGCAGAUAUUGUGAUAUCAGCAGAGAAGCAUUCCAUGCAGAUCCUCUCAUCCAGGGCACAAAACGUACAGUGCAGUCAUACAGUGAUCAUGUUCAGAGCAGUGAAGGACAGUCUACAUCUAGUGGAGGUGUUAAAUUUGACUCUGUGUUUAAUACGCUCAAAUACUUCCAUGUAUGUCAGCCAGGGUUGCCUCCAUGUCUUGGCCACAAUCUUUUUGAAGGUAUUGUAUCCUCUGAUCUGGCACUGUACAUUAACCAUCUUGUUAAGGUGGAUGAAAUGUUUAACUAUCUUGGGUUGAAUUGGCGAAUAAAUCAUUUCAAGUAUCUUGGUAGGGAUGCUAAUGACAAACCAUGUGCGGUUAAUCCAGAGGGUGGAAAAUUUGGGGGACAUGCUGUACAGAAUUGGUGUUUACUAAGAAUGUUGCCUGUUUUGAUUGGAGACAAAGUAAAAAAUCCAGGUGACAACGAAGUAUGGCAGUUGGUUUUGCAACUUAGAGAAGUUGUGGACCUCAUUUGUGCACCUGCCAUUUCAAAUGGCCAGAUAGCCUACCUAAGAGUUCUGAUCGGUGAAUAUUUGCAUUGCCGAAUGCAAACCUUUCCUGACAACCCACUGAAGCCCAAACAUCAUUAUGUCAGUCAUUAUCCUGAGCUCAUUAUCCAGUUUGGGCCACUCAUUCGCGUAUGGACUUUAAGAUUCGAGUGCAAACACACAUAUUUUAAGCAGUGUUUGAGGAAAUUGCGCAACUUUAAGAAUCCAUGUUCUACUCUUGCAGAGAGACAUCAGCCUCUGCAGGCCUUUCUGAGUGCUGGUACCUUCUUCCCUCCAGCUGUUUCAGUGGAGAGGGGCACACAAUGAGAACAUGCUCAUUGUGAUGAUAUUUAUUGAUAUUGAUGAUGACAGACUUGUUACUGGAAAAAUCAAAGUGGUUCUCGUUCAUAAGGAUUCAGCAGUAUAUUUUAUUGUUGAAAAGUAUCAUGCCCUGCGUAUUCCUGACAUGGGUGUUUACAGCCUCACACUGAUGCAGAGAAGCUACUGUUGUAUUGAUCAGGAGAAUCUGCUAGAUUACUGUCCCUUGCCUGAGUACACUGUCCAUGGCACACCACUGAUAAUUCUUCACCAUUCCUUCCCUCUAUUCCAGAAUGAUGGCAAACUUGAGUGAAGAAAUCAAAGAGAUCAUCUGCAAGACCUUGCAAAUCUGUCUGAAGAGACUAGAGCUUAGAUCUGGCCCAAAAAAUCCAGCCCGACCCGGCCCAAGCCCAUGCACGUUAUGUCCGGGACUGGCCUGGCCCGUCCAAUUAACUGUAAUUAACUGGGAGAGGUGCCAGUUCACCUCCUGGGCACUGCCGAGGUGCCCUUGAGCAAGGCACCGAACCCCCCAACCGCUUGGGACGCCUGACCAAAGGGUAGCCCCCUCACUCUGACAUCUCUCCACUUUGUGCAUGUAUAGGUCCUGUUUGUGCAUGUGUGUGUCUUUCAGACCUGUGUGUAAUUGACAAGCAAGAGUGAAAACAUUGAAUUUCUCCUCAGGGGGAUUAAUAAAGUAAAUAAACUUAAUUAUGGGCCCAAGCCCGAUUUAAACCCGACAGUAAGUUGGCUGUUAUAAUUAAGAGUAUUAAACCACAAUUCUUGUUAUUUGAAUGACAGAAAUAUAGGAUCUUAAUGAAUGGCACAACACGGAAGCAUGAUUAUGUAAUAAAACAGGUGUUUAUUUUAGGAUCCAGGUGGUGAAGGGCUGUGCGUGCACAAUGUUGUAACACUGGACGUGUGGAAAGGAUGACGCAGUUAUUCAGCAAUUAAACCAUCGUUUAUUACUGAACAGUACAGGUUACUGUUGGCCGUAACCACGCCAAAACAACCAACAAACAACAACUUAGCUGUAACUCCAUCUGUGCACUCCUGCUCUCUCCUCCAGCUCGUUCAUACACACACCAGCACGCGCACUCACACAGCCCUCCUCAUCCCUGUCACACUCGCAUCCCAUACCUCAUUCAAUCCCAAACAUGCCAUUAACUCACAGAACAGUUACUGCAGGGUCGCUACAAUACAUAGCCUAUAACAUUAUCAAAUCAUAGCUUUUUAAAAAAAAAAAAGUCACAUCUGACCGGCCGGCCUGGGCCCAUCAGAGGGAGGGGGGCUCCCGGCCCGACCCGGCUUGGGCCCGCGGACCGGGUCGGGCCGGGCUCGGGCUCGGGCUCGGGCAGAGAAUCUAAGCUCUAGAAGAGACAGUGGCAAAUAAUAUUGAAACCUCAGAGCUCUGGCUUGGAGUCAAAAGAAGACUUAAAAUAUGUCCAACAGGAAGACAUGGCUGAUCUGUUACGUGUUAUCCAGCACCGAAAACUCCUGGAUGCAUUCAAAUUAGAAACUGAGACAGUUACAUUGGAUUUUCAAGGCAUUCCAACUUCGUCACCACUGAGUAGUGAUUUGUCGGUGUCUGAGUCUUCAUUACCAUGAUGAUUAUGCACUCCGCCUCAUUCUAGCUCAUCACAGCUAUCGGCCAUUGCAUCAUGUUCAAGCCAGAUGAGAAACAGUGAGCCAAGCAACAGACCUUCCACAUCUCAGAUACUGAAAACAUGGCCAGAAACAUUCCAGGUCCCUUGGGAACAAAUGCCACAGGAAAUACGUUCUGCAAUUGCAGAUGGCAAGAGACCUAAACCAGUGGAGCGACGCCAGAUGGUAUGAGUGCUCGUGGAUGAAAUGAGAAGGUAUGAAGCUAACCCCACUCGCACAUAGUGCCUAACUGUGGUUCGAAAUAUCAUCAGGCAGUACCCAAACAGUUUUGCUGAUAUGACACCAGAUGGGUCACUUCUGGGUGGAGGUUAUACAUCACUGUUGAUUCAAGUGAAAAACCGCAUUGAGAAUGUGAACCGUGGCGUAAGCUUCUUACGCCACUGAUCCUCUACACAAAAGAGGGGUCCAACUGACACAUAUGGAUGUACAAGAUUUCAGCCACAGCUCCCCCCAGAAAAAACUGAUGAGACUUUGGAUCAGCACCACCAGAGACUAGAAGAGAUUUACAGACAGGAGGGUGUAGGUGGAGCAGAAAGAGCCGAAGUUAAAAAUCUAAUGGCACACUUGGAGAGGACCCAACUGGGCUGAUCCUUCUUGCAGAUGUACUUCAGAAGCCUACCUCAUUCGCUGUAUACCCCAUGCGUGUCAGCGAUAUUCACUGGGGACGCACGCGCUUCAUUGGUAUAAAUCCAGAGAGAGGGACAAAGGCCAAAAGGGGCAAGGUUGUCUCCAAGAAGAAAGGUGUGAUCGUCCAGAAGAAGUCUUCUGCAGUCAAUACACACGUCUCCAUGCUACUGAAGAAACUCCUUGACUUUGAAUGGAACUUCAAAUAGAUCAUGGCAAUACUGGAAUAAUACUGAGAGGAACAGCGGCAAAGUGAUGGUCAGUCAUGGUAAACUACAAGUCUAGCUCGCAGUGGCGCUGGUGCCUACCUUACAGUUUCUUCCCUAAAUGUUGUUAUUGAUGCAUAUUAUUGAUGCAUAUUGUCAAAAUGUUCUAACUGUACUGUAAUAGUUUAAGAAUCUCCUUAAUGCACAUUUUCAAAAUGUUCUUAAGUUUGUUUUCCAAAUGUUGCCAAUUCUGCGCAUGUUCAAAAUGUUAUUAUGAGUAG